GUAAAAAAAAGCAGGAAGUGUUUUGGGAACUUUUUUGGGCAGUGGGAUGUUUUUGGUGGUGUAAGUUUACACUGAGGUAAUUCUGCGAUGGUGUUAAUAAAGGAUAUCAGCGCGCUGUGACAGAAAGGUUUACAGCUGGAGGUAAAGAGAGAGAAUUGUAACAGUAUGGAGGAGAGGAAGAUUAAACGGAAAAGCCCCAGACCGUCGGUCCCCCAAUCUGCUCCUCCAGCCACCACCCGAAAGACUGGCAUUCCCAGCAGCAGAUCCUUAGGAUUAGGGAUGGGCACCCACUCCAAUCAGAAGAGCAGAUGCCGCAAAGGAGUGAGAGAAAAACAGAGAGCUCAGACUCAGGCCAGUAGAAACAGCCAGACUGCUUCCAUUCAGCACUCCUUCCUCACAGACGUGUCUGAUGUGCAGGAGAUGGAGAAAGGUCUGCUGAGCCUCCUUAACGACUUCCACUCCGGAAAGCUCCAAGCUUUUGGGAAUGAGUGUUCCAUUGAUCAGAUGGAGCAUGUUCGAGAGAUGCAGGAGAAGCUGGCCAGACUGCACUUUGACCUGUAUGGAGAGGUAGAUGAAAUGCCUGAAGACCAACGCAAGGUCGCCUGUGAUACCAACAUGGACAAACUUCUAAUGAACCUGGAGGAGUUAAGCUCUUCGAUACAGAAGCUGAACCUUGCUGAUAGCCAGGAAGCCCCCAGAGCGUCCAGUAUUUGAAGCUCUGGAUCCGGCAUGAAGAUCUAGUUGGUGUGGAGGGUGUACAUAUCUGAAAGCGUCACCAUUAACCACCUGCAGGAAGAGUAGACCUACAGGACUGGCUCACUGCACAGUUUACUACUAAAUGCAAUAUCAAGAUCACUCAUAACGUUACACAUCGCACACCUCACCACCUAACCAUCCGUGUAGGAGCUAGCUGUAAUGCAUCUGUCCAUCCACAGGGGUCAGUAUAUCCAUCUUUACUUUCAAGUCCCUGUCCGUUUGAGGCUAAGUUAGAAAACAAAAAAAGGCUCAUUUUGGCCAUUUAGUAGUAGUCAGGUGACUAUUUUUUUUGUUGUGUCCACAUGUUUAAGACCUAAUUACUGGAAUUCUGAUGAUUAAUAAUUAAUAAUUUAGAAUAAACCAGAAUAACACCAGAAUCUUAACAAACUCAACAGAUUAGGUGUUAAUAGAUAUCCUGUGUCAAAGUUUGUAACUGUCACAAAUUCACACAACUACAUAGCUAACCCAUUAGCACCCAUUCCAUCAGUAGAGAAAUUACACAUAAAAUGUACAUACAGCAUAUAAGCUUUUUAUUAAAACAGCUUAUUGCACUGGUAUUUCAUUAGUUUUGCUUCCCAGCUAACAAGUUAGCAAACAUUCCACCAGUAGAUAACUCCUAUAUAGCAUAUCAGCUUUUUAUUAAAAUAGUUAGCCAUAUGAUUAUUUCUUUGGCUGCAGCUACAGUGAUUAUCACUGAGGGGUUGUUAUUUACAGGAUUAGCAGAGCGCACUGGACUCUACACUGCCCCAUAAAACACGAGGGCACUGUAUAAUUGAACGUUUGAAUUUGAAAUAGUAAAGCUUCCUACUGAAGGAAUGGGUGCUAAUUUGUUAGCUGGGUGGUUUCUAAGCUACAAUAAGUCUAGAAGGGAUUAUAGUAACAAAAAUCUGAUGGCACAAUCCAACUUUACAAAAUUCUAAUGUUUCCUAAAUUUAUAUUGUGGAAAAAAGAUGAAAGCCCAUGUCUUCUUCUUUACACAUACUAAAUAAGAAAAAUAAAAUCAUGAUGUUUUACCCAUAGUUUUCUGUUUUACAAUUUAGCCCCAAACAGAUAACUGAUCUGAUCAAUGUUACACUCCCCCAGUGGUGGACUGAUAAUCAGUAUAUUUAUUGCUGGAUGCCUUUGAGUUGUGCAAUAUGAGAACAUUUGCAAUGUCACUAAUUCACUUUAUCGAAUAACUAUUUUUUAAUUCUCAAGAUACGAAUAUUUUUCAUCUUUGGACCCUUUGUUAUUUAAUCAGUCACUGUGUGUGUGUGUUGGGAUUUAUUAAGUAUUUUAAACCCCUUUUAAAACUGAAGAUGCCCAAAAACCCCAUUAAAUCCCAUCAAUAUUUGCCUUAUUCUGAAGACUUCUCUGUCUUGAGUAUGCAGAAAAACGGGUUCUGCACUCGAAAGUACCUGGAGGAAUGUUAUUUUUAUAAUAUUAAAAGCCUUUGUAUAUUGCAGGUGCACCUACUUUAUUUUAAAAUGAUUUACAUUUCUAAUAUAACUGGUUGAAUGUUCAUGGUUUCUGUGGCUUGAGUUUGAGAGUGCCAUCAAUAAAGGUCACAUGCUUCCUAAUGACCCUGA